GCACACAGUCAGUAACGUUUCAGCUUGUGUACGAGACACAUCGAAUAUAUUUUCUCGGAAAAUAUUUGCUUAACAUUAAGGCUAAGCUAGAAGGCACAUACCGUUGCCACAUCCUCAGUGUGCAAGCGGGGAGUCAAGAUCAAGACAAAAUGACUGUGCCAGAUGAUAAUGAUCCGCGCUAUGCACCAUUGUACGAGAUUCUCACUGGCUUGCCCGCACGCGUCGAGGUCAAUGCGGAGAGCGUUGGCCUGGGCUACCUAAACAUUUUGCCAUAUUUUGGCGAAAUGAUUCAAAUUUGCUUGGUCAGCAAGGGCGGCAACUGGGGCAAGCUUGUGGGAAAAUUGGAAAUGCUGACACCCAACGGAGAUGUUAUUCUGACCCAAUGCAGCAAGUUGCUCUGCUCCUAUACAUCCUCGGAGCGUAAGCUCCCCUUGGGCAUCGUCAAGGUUCCAGGUGCUCACAUUAAGGCCGUCUACUGGAAGUCUUCAAAUAAGCCUCAGUCAUCGGCUGGCUCGCAGCAGCUCCAGUAACCAGUUCAAAUUAUCUAAUAUAAGUUAUAGCUUUUGGUUUUCUUUUGUGCAAUUAAAAAUGUUCGGCUCGA